AAAGGAAACGCUGGGACGAGGAAAAUUGCUCGUGGCUCAGGACGCGUCCAGGGUGCGCAGCGAUAGCACGCGUCCGGCCCUGCCGUGCCGCCUGCUUCCCACCACCUCUUCUUCUCCGGAAGCUAGCUCAAGCAGCGGGAGGAGAGCUCGGGAGUUGAGAGGAGGAGGAGGAAAUGGCGGAGGCGAAGCAGCAGCCGCAGACGGCGGUGGCGGCCAGCGGCGUGUGGAAGACGGUGAAGCCCUUCGUCAACGGCGGCGCCUCCGGCAUGCUCGCCACCUGCGUCAUCCAGCCCAUCGACAUGGUCAAGGUGAAGAUCCAGUUGGGCGAGGGCUCUGCAACUUCUGUCACCAGGAAGAUGCUUGCUAAUGAGGGAGUUGGUUCCUUUUACAAGGGAUUGUCAGCUGGUUUGCUAAGGCAAGCAACAUACACAACCGCUCGUCUUGGAUCCUUCAGGGUUUUAACAAAUAAAGCAGUUGAAGCAAACGAUGGGAAACCACUGCCCCUAGUCCAGAAAGCUUUUAUUGGUCUCACUGCUGGGGCAAUUGGAGCGUGUGUUGGUAGUCCUGCGGAUUUGGCACUCAUUAGGAUGCAGGCUGAUUCAACCUUACCAGUAGCCCAGCGCCGCAACUACAAGAAUGCUUUUCACGCACUUUAUCGUAUUGUUGCUGACGAAGGUGUUCUGGCACUUUGGAAAGGUGCAGGUCCAACUGUAGCAAGAGCUAUGUCGCUCAACAUGGGCAUGCUUGCCUCCUAUGAUCAGAGCGUUGAGUUACUUAGAGACAAACUUGGUACUGGAGAAACUUCUACAAUGCUUGGGGCCAGUGCUGUUUCAGGAUUCUUUGCAUCUGCUUGCAGUUUGCCCUUCGAUUAUGUGAAGACACAGGUUCAAAAGAUGCAGCCUGAUGCCACUGGAAAGUACCCAUAUACUGGGUCUCUUGACUGUGCACUGAAGACCUUGAAGAGUGGCGGUCCAUUUAAGUUCUACACUGGCUUUCCAGUCUACUGCGUCAGGAUUGCUCCACAUGUCAUGAUGACUUGGAUAUUCUUGAAUCAGAUCCAGAAGGUCGAGAAGCGUAUCGGUCUUUAAGAGCUGCAUUAUGCUACCCCUGCCUAAGAAAUAAUAAUAGUGUAGCUGCUUUCUCACAUGCACAUUGAAUACUUGUUGCUUUGUUGGUUCUGUUGUGUGCCAGUACCGCAUUCGGUGGAAUGGUGGUAGUGGAUGUCUGUGUUGACUGUUGUCUGUUGAUCCACUGAAUCAGCAGGAUAGCGUGCAAAUAUUACUCAGCAUACUUUUACCUUGGGAUUCUUGUGGAAUGUAUUCACAUUUGAGAAAAUAUCAAACUCUCCUUGAUUCUAUUUG